UCCCCAGUUUGGAAUCAACAAAGUCUGUCUUCCUUUUCGCAUCUGUGUGUGCAUCUGUUCUCGACACUCCCUGCAUAUUUUCUAUACUUUAUGACUGUAGAGAAUCUGGUAUUUUCUCCUUCUCCUUGGAAACAUCUUUCUUUGGAUCCAGGUGUGGGGAGCAUUUCAAGAUUCUAACUGUGCUCUCUGUGACCAGAUUCAACUAAACUCUGACAAGUGGAAGUCUCUUGACGUCUGAGCUUUUAGUUUUGUGCUGUCUAAAAAAGAAGAGGAUGGAAGGCCCACUGCUGCUGCUCACAAGACUGAUGGUCGUCACAGCUUGCUUUCAAUGUCUCCAUGCGUCAGACACUUGCAGUGAGGAGGUGGCUCGUCUGUGGGAACACAAGAAGCUUCUGCAGGGCCAGCUUCAGAAACAAGAACUCCUCCUACACAGACUACAACUGCUGAACCAACCUGGCAAGGAGGACAAAGCCAGAUCCAACCAGAGCCAGGACACACAAUACACAGACUGCUCCCAGCUCUUCAAUUCUGGCUCCAAAUCGAGUGGUCUCUACAUAAUCAAGCCCCAUGGCAGCCCUCAUCCAGUCAGAGUCUACUGUGAUAUGAGUGAUGGAGGUGGUUGGAUCGUCCUUCAGAGACGGAUCAAUGGAACAGAGAGGUUUAACAGGUCAUGGGCAGAAUACAAGGAUGGCUUUGGAGACUUGAAUGCAGAAUUUUGGCUCGGAAAUGACAACCUGCAUUACAUCACUACACAAGGGAAUUAUUCUCUGAGGAUUAACCUGGAAGACUUUGACGGCUAUCAACGCUAUGCAGAGUACAAGAACUUUAAAUUGGCCAAUGAAAAGGAUCACUACCGACUUACCUUUGGAGCCUAUGUAGGUACAGCGGGAGAUGCUAUGUCUGGAAGUGAUCGGGCUGAUGUGUCAGUGUGGGCCAGUCACCAAGGCAUGAAAUUCAGCACCUAUGACCAAGACAAUGAUAACUACAAAGGAAACUGUGCCCAGGAAGACAAAGGAGGCUGGUGGUUCAACAAGUGUCACUCAGCCCAUCUGAAUGGCAUGUACUACCCCAAUGGGCACUACAGUGCAUUGACAGAUGAUGGUGUAGUCUGGUACAGUUGGAGAGGAUGGUGGUACUCCCUGAAGACCAGCAUGAUGAAGCUGCGGCCCAGCGACUUCACAACUGACCCCACUGAUGACCCCAAUGCUGUUCAUAGCAAACCACCUGCCUAGAUCAGACACGAGCAGAUAUCACGUCUUCUUGGCUUCAGUAUUUUGGGAAGAAACAGCUUGGCAAACAUGUAUUAAUUGGUGUGAAAUCAAAUUUCAAAAAUCAAAAAACAAACCUAAUGGGAUUAUUGUAGUAUUUUUAAACCUGGCCCCUAUUUUCACAUGUUUUGCUGUGUAAAUGACUAUUAAGUACAAAAGGUAUUGGAAUAAAUGCAGUAGACGGCUUCAGCCAGCAGCAACAUAUUCCUUUGAGGCAAUUGCUCCUGUCAAAAUUACGUUUACAAAAAGUGCUUUUUCUAACAACAUCAUGAAAAGAACCUUUCCACUGUUGUCUUCCUGCAACACCUCAAUACUCACGAGAAUUCAGAGCAAGAUUUGACCUUGAUCAAUACUUCAGUUUCCUUUUAAAACCACUUGCAAGGAUCCUUUCCAUGAUGUUGUUAGACACCUCGUGUAACAGUCUGAGCCCGUCACUUUUGGUGGAGAAAUACGUUGCAGCCACUGCAACCGGAUCGUGCCAGUCAGCUGAAGACAUCUACUGCAUGGAUUCCAAAACUGUACCUACUAAUCAGUUUUACACCAAAUAUAUGUGAAAAUGGGGCACAGGGUAAAAUUCCCAAAAUUACCCUUUAAACAUAAAUCUAUUUUUAUUAUCCUCUCAAAUCCCACGAGGACUUGUUUGCACACUAAGCACUAAUCAACCCCAUUGACACAUGGUAACAAAUAUUCUGUGCUAUCAGAUUGUAUCUGGAUGGAGGAAUGUGGCAGUAACUAAGUCGAGUAAUAUAGCAUUUAUGAGCUAAAGAUUAUCUCAAUCAAAUUUCAACAACAUAGUAAAAUCUUUAAAGACAUACUUGUAAGGGGACUUGUGAAACUUUUUGCCUGUUUAGGAGACAUGAAUGUUGCAAGAGGAAGUAACACAGACAAAUGUCUGUUUUGGUGGAGGAAUCAGUGUGUGCCUGACACAGGCAGAAAGAUUGGACUGAAGGCGAUGAAAGGAGCCAUUAUCAUGUCCUUGAAAAUGUCUGUAACAAGAACGGUUAGUGUUAAAAAUUAUAAAAAAGAGCAGCUGAGUGCGGUACUGGGAGUUUGCCCAACUGCUAUGUGCUGUUUUAACACAAGCAAUUGAAAUAUAAGAAUUCUGCCUGUGGCUACAAAUAUUCAAUAUCUUCUUUUUUAGAGGGGCAACAGAAUCGAGUGUCAUUUGCAGUGAGCCUGCAGCACUAUUAACAAGAUGAUCAAUAUGGGAGGGACUGAAGUUAGCAUAACAGUUCUCUGUUAUGUUGACACAUGGUAUUGAAUUAAAUGAAGACGCAAUCACUUCUGUAAAUUUAGCUACAGCACUAUCAGAGGGACAUCUAGAAUAGGAAUUUCUGCCUAAGGGUGCGUAGUUCAGCAAUAGGAACUCAAAAGAUAUUAAACAGUGGUCAGAUAAAAUAUGAAAAAUGUUCAAUUUCAUGCCAUAAGCCUGAACAAGGUUGAGGGUGUGGUUAAAACAGUGAGUGGGUUUAUGAACACUCUGACAGAAGCCCAUCCAGUCUAAUAAUGAGAUAAACGCAGUACUAAGGCUGUGAUUGUCAAAAUCCACAUGAAUGUUAAAAUUACUUUAUCUGUUUUAAGGACUAAACUUGAAUAAAAAAUCUGUUACAUUUUCCGAAUACGGACCAGGAACGUGGUAGGCUUUUACAUGACUGAAAACACAGGACUGUACACAACAAUAUAUGUUACUUGAGGGGAAAACCAUAUAACUAUAAAGAAUUCCUUUUAGGGUUUUAGUAAACUCUGUACUUCAUAUCACACGUACAGGUUAUUAUUAACAACUCUUCUUGGGAACAUACAUCCAGCUUUAUCUCCCUGCCAUUUGGAUUAUAACCAUGAUUCAUAAAUUAAAACAAGGAAACACUU